ACCUGCCGAGUACUUGCCCUCUACUGGUACCCGCUCUCCGGUCACCUCAGGGGGCGGGGCGGAGGCCCCUGGGGUCCCGGGGCCCCGGCCGGCCGGCCUGGCGCUCCGGACGGUUGCCGGGCAGGGGUGCGGCGGCGCGUUUGGCGCGGAAGUGCCAGGGAGCCGCGGGCCGGGGUCGCGCACCUCCCCCUGCGACGGGCUCCGGUCGGGCCUGAGAGGUGGCCCGGGUCAACUGGGGUGCAGUCAUGCAGGAAAACCUCAGAUUUGCUUCAUCGGGCGAUGAUGUUAAAAUAUGGGAUGCUUCAUCUAUGACAUUGGUGGAUAAGUUCAACCCACACACAUCACCACAUGGAAUCAGCUCAGUGUGUUGGAGCAGCAAUAAUAACUUUCUAGUGACAGCAUCUUCCAGUGGUGACAAAAUAGUUGUUUCAAGUUGCAAAUGUAAACCUGUUCCACUUUUAGAGCUUGGUGAAGGGCAAAAGCAGACAUGUGUCAGUUUAAAUUCAACAUCAAUGUAUUUGGUAAGCGGAGGCCUAAAUAACACGGUUAAUAUUUGGGAUUUAAAAUCAAAAAGAGUUCAUCGAUCUCUUAAGGAUCAUAAAGAUGAAGUAACUUGUGUAACAUAUAAUUGGAAUGACUGCUACAUUGCUUCUGGAUCUCUCAGUGGUGAAAUUAUUUUGCACAGUGUAACCACUAAUUUAUCUAGUACUCCUUUUGGCCAUGGUAGUAACCAGUCUGUUCGGCACUUGAAGUAUUCCUUGUUUAAGAAAUCGCUACUGGGCAGUGUUUCGGAUAAUGGAAUAGUAACUCUCUGGGACGUGAAUAGUCAGAGCCCAUACCACAACUUUGACGGUACACAUAAAGCUCCAGGUUCAGGCAUCUGUUUUUCUCCUGUCAAUGAAUUGCUAUUUGUAACCAUAGGCUUGGAUAAAAGAAUCAUUCUCUAUGACACUUCAAGUAAGAAGCUAGUGAAAACUUUAGUGGCUGACGCUCCUCUAACUGCAGUAGAUUUCAUGCCUGAUGGAGCCACUUUGGCUAUUGGAUCUUCCCGUGGGAAAAUAUAUCAAUAUGAUUUAAGGAUGUUGAAAUCACCAGUUAAAACCAUCAGUGCACAUAAGACAUCUGUGCAAUGUAUAGCAUUUCAGUACUCCACUGUCCUUUCUAAGUCAGGUUUAAAUAAAGGCUGUUCAAAUAAGCCCACAGCUGUGAACAAACGUACUGUUAAUGUGAGCGCUGCUAGUGGAGGCGUCCAGAAUUCUGGAGUUGUCAGAGAAGCAGCUACCACUUCCAUUGCCACAGUUCUGCCACAGCCCACGACAGCAGUUGUGGGGAAAGGAACAGUUGCUGUUCAAGACAAAGCAGGUCUGCCUCGAAGCAUAAACACAGAUAUUUUAUCUAAGGAAACAGAGAGUGGAAAAACCCAGGAUUUCUCCAGCUUUGAUGAUACUGGAAAAAGUAGUUUAGGUGACAUGUUCUCACCUAUCAGAGAUGAUGCUGUAGUUAACAAAGGAAGUGAUGAGUCCGUAGGCAAAGGAGAUGGCCUUGACUUUCUACCACAGUUGAACUCAGUGUUUCCUCCAAGAAAAAAUCCAGUAGCUUCAAGCACUUCAGUGUUGCAUUCUAGUCCUCUUAAUGUCUUUAUGGGGUCUCCAGGGAAAGAAGAAAAUGAAAAUCAUGAUCUGACAGCUGAAUCUAAGAAAAUGUAUCUGGGAAAACAGGAACCUAAAGACUCCUUCAAGCAGUUUGCAAAGUUGAUCUCCGGUGCUGAAACUGGAAAUUUAAAUACCUCUCCAUCAUCCAACCAAACAAGAAGUCCUGAGAAAUUUGAAAAGCCAGAAAAAGAAAUUGAAGCCCAGUUUAUAUACGAACCUCCAGUCAAUGGAUCCUCAACUCCAAAUCCAAAGAUAGCAUCUUCUGUUACUGCUGGAGUUGCCAGUUCACUAUCAGAAAAAAUAGCUGAUACCAUUGGGAAUAAUCGGCCAAAUGCACCAUUGACAUCUGUUCAAAUCCGUUUUAUUCAGAACAUGAUACAGGAAACAUUGGAUGACUUUAGAGAAGCAUGCCAUAGGGAUAUUGUGAAUUUGCAAGUGGAGAUGAUUAAACAGUUUCAUAUGCAAUUGAAUGAAAUGCACUCUUUGUUGGAAAGAUACUCAGUGAAUGAAGGUUUAGUGGCAGAAAUUGAAAGACUACGAGAAGAAAACAAAAGACUACGGGCACACUUUUGAAAUUUCAGUGAAUACUUUAGUGUUCUGUAAUUUGGGAAGCUUCUGGCAACACAGAGCUACAUGGAAUCAGUAUUGUUUUCAUGGCCUCUGGGAAAAUUUUUUUUCGAGUAAAAGGGUGAUGGGAUUGUAUACCAACCACUAUUUCAUCUUUUCUGUCAAAAAUAUUUAUAUUUUUAUAUUAAAAACUGUACACUGUGUCAUCUCCCUAAGAGGAAAGCCAACAGAAUCUUUAUUUUCUGAAAGCUUUAGCUAUACACUAAGUGUCCUUUUUCAUAAGAAAAGAAAAUUGUGCAGAAAAAAAAAUAGAUUAUGUAUGUUUUUUAAUCACCUCUUUUAAACAGAUAAUAUUUUUGGUUGACAGUUAGUUGCCUUCCAAAUUUUUUUGGAUGUUUGAUGAUUAAGAGUUUGAGAUACCUUCUAUUUUUAUGGAGAAAGUAAUUUUAAUUGGUGUUUUGGGUUUCUAAGCAAUUGACUAAUAAAACACAAGGUUGAUUAGUAAUUAUUUUGUUAACUUGAUGAAGUCAAGUAUGACUAUUAUUUAUUACUUGUACAUUUGAUAAGAAAAUUUUCAGAAUUUCAAAUUGCACAGAUUACAUUGUAUCUAUUGCAUUUAUGUUACUGUAUUAUACUUCUAACAAAUCUCUACUCCUGGUUGGUAUUUUUUAGCUAACUUCACUUUAUGAAAACUUUUAAGGGUUUAUAAGACUCAACCGGAACUGCAUAUUUGCGGAUUAUCUCAUGAAUUAAUAACAUACAAAAUUAUACUAUAAAGUUUCAAUCAAUAUAAUUCAACUUAUAAACAGUGGAAAUUUCAUAUUACAUACUAAAUAUUACAGUAUUAGUGCCAUUUUUUUUCUCCCAAAUGAGGUGUGGUUUAUUUUGUUUUGUGGUUUAUAUCAUUAACUUUCUCUACUUCUUUGUGUGUUGUGUGUAAUAUUUUUAUACUAUUGACCUUACUAUAAAAUAAAUAAAAUUAAAAAAAAAACAACAGGAAGGUUAAUUGUCAAAAGAAUUUACACCUCUUUGAUAAUAUGUAGAUGUGGACAUCUGCCUGCUCUGAUCUACAUUUUUAGUGAUAUAAGAUUAGGAGGGCAACUGGCUUGUUUCCCUUCUUAUAGUCUUUUGUCCCAAAGAUUUAAACUAUGUACCUUGUAUAUAGCACUCCUGCCCAAUUUUGACUUCUGAGAUGAAAGUAUUUACUAAAAGAACUCUGUUAAAAAAAAAAAAAAGAAAUCUAGCUAGCUUACUAACUUUUUUCCCCUGAGUGAUGAGAGAUUUUAAGGAUAUAUUAAAUAAGUGUAAACAUACUAAUAAUUACUUCAAGAAAUAAAAGCAGAUUACUUUGUCCUAGUGCGGCUCAGAGAAUACAUUUGUAUUAAAGCAUAAAGGAGUGCUUAUAUAAUCUUUUUUCCUGACAGGUUAUAAAAGCAUUAUGGCUUGUAACAGGUUUUCUUAUAUAUCAUUAUCAAACAGAUUUAGAAGACAUAGA